AUGGAUUAUGAAAUCGAUCGCACUGAUCAGCCCAGUUUGGCAGAAAUGACUGCAAAAGCCGUGAGUAUUCUACAACGCAAUCCCAAAGGUUUUCUCCUCAUGGUGGAAGGUGGCCGCAUCGAUCAUGGGCAUCACGUGAAUCAAGCAAAGUAA